AUGUUGACGUCACAUACAUCAUAUAUGAAAUUGAAAGCCUGGAGUCUUGAUCUGAUACUCUUUGCGACUGUAGUCUUCCACUUGAUGAUAUCACCCUAUACCAAAGUCGAGGAGUCCUUCAAUUUGCAGGCUAUACAUGAUUUGAUUAAUUAUGGAAUUUAUAAUGUACAUCAUUUCGACCACAAAGAGUUUCCUGGCGCCGUAAAACGGUCAUUUGUUGGUUCAUUGAUGAUAUUUUUGGCAUCCAAGCCUCUGCUGGCAAUCAUUGAUACUUUCGACUCCUGGAUGCCAGCCUCAUUAUUCUAUCACAAGGAUACGCAAUUAAUACGCCAGGUCACCGUCAGAUUCGUACUUGGGCUACUAAACUCGAUUACUUUCAUAAAGCUGCGAGAAGCGGUUGCCAAAUCUCUGAGAUUGUCUGCGCAAGGCGAACAGAUUCAACUCUGGUUCUCAAUACUUCAGUUUUCCCAAUUUCACUUCUUUUAUUAUGCAUCCCGAACACUACCCAACUUUGUGGCAAUGCCAAUGGUUAGUACAGGUAUCUCAUGGAUUCUGCAGGGACAUACUAUAUCUGGCAUCUCCAUUAUCAUGGCAACAGGCAUCAUCUUAAGAAUUGAAAUAUUAGCAUUUGGAAUCUUACUUUACAUAACAGCCAUAGCAUUAGGAGACUUGAGAUUAGGGAGCACCUUGCCCAAAAUAGUGACAACUUCAAUAAGUGCUUCAUUGAUGACGAUGCUCGUUGAUACUUACUUUUGGCAAGAAUUCUCUUUUCCCGAAGUUGAAUCAUUUUACUUCAAUGUAAUAGAAGGCAAAUCGGUACAAUGGGGAACUGAACCUUUCCACACUUACUUCACCAAGUAUAUUCCUAAGCUUUUCAUUUUACCAGUGGUCCCAUGCUUGGCACUUUUAGGAUUGUUCGUACCAUCAUACCUCUCAAUUAAAGCCAAGAUCAUCAUAUUUUCCUCUUGGGCGUAUAUAUUACUGAUGUCGAUUCAACCACAUAAGGAGUGGAGGUUCAUCGUUUAUUCCUUACCGGGAAUUUUAUUGUCUGCCUCUUGUUUCCUUGCCAAAAUCGAACCAAGAUCAAGAUUGCUAAGAAAUAUUAUGUUUACGCUUGUUUGUUUAGUGAUAUCAGUCUCUUACAUUUUGAACAUUUUUGCUGGUUUCGUUUCGAGCUUCAACUAUCCUGGUGGCUAUGCGUUGCAGCUGUUGAAUGAUAGGUUGUCCACUGUCAUGACUUCGCAUCCAAACAGCGAUCCAAUAAUGAUACAUUUAAGUGUGAAGUCUCGUAUGACAGGUGCUAGCUUAUUUGGUGAAAUCAAGUCCAGUCUCUUGAUUUACGACAAGACUGAAGAUGAACUCAAACUGAAUGACAAAGAAUUUUGGAAACACUUUUCGUACGUAAUUUCCGAUUGUGCUCUUGAGUCAUGUUCGUAUUGCCCUCUCCAAAAUGAUACAUGGAGUUUGAUUGACAUCGUGGAAGGAUACCAUGGUUUUAAUAAGCAACGAAUAGUACAUGAUUUUGGACUCUUUUUGCAAACGCCUGCUGGAUCCAUCAGCUUUAUAAUUCAAAUGUUCAGAAGCCACAACUAUCAGUUCAUCAUUGAUCUGUCUCGAAGGUAUAUCAUCUUGAAUCCAGCACUUUAUGUAUACCGCAUUAAGGAGACUGGCGGGACUUCUAAUCUCGUGGUUGCCAAGAGCUUAUAA